GUCCUUAAGUGGAACCAACGCCAACACCCGAGGGAGGGAGGGAGGCGUGUCCUCAGGAUGCCAUUGGUUUCACGACUCGUUGGGUGGGAAGUGCAACCGCUCUCAUUGCUCAUUGGUUUUGUGAUUCAGUGGGUGGAACUUGGCCGGACCUAAAUUCCAUCCGUGGCCAGGGACCGGUUUCAGGCACAGCUGCCAUGCGUUCCGGGGGCCGCGGGCGGCCCCGGCUGCGGCUCGGCGAACGCGGCCUUCUAGAGCCACCUUCACUGCCCAAGCGCCGCCUGCUAGCGCGGCUGCAGCUGUUUCCUCUGCUGCUGGCUGUGGCCGUGGGAUUGGCGCUCUACAUCAUCUGGAGCGGCUGGCACCGCGGGAUUGAGGAGCUGUCAAGGGGCCGGGAGUUGCGGGCUCCUCUAGUUGGAAACCUCCCUGAAGCCCAGCUGCGGAAAGUGGUGGGACAACUGGAUCCUCAGCGGCUCUGGAAUACUUAUUUGCGUCCUCUGUUGAUUGUUCGAACCCCCGGUAGCCCCGGUAAUCUCCAAGUCAGAAAGUUCCUGGAAGCCACACUGCGGGCCCUGACAGCUGGCUGGCAUGUGGAGCUGGAUCCCUUCACAGCCUCAACUCCUCUGGGGCCACUGGACUUUGGGAACAUUGUGGCUACGCUGGAUCCAGGGGCUGCCCAUCACCUUACCCUUGCCUGCCAUUAUGACUCGAAGUUCUUCCCCCUGGGCUCAGCCCCGUUUGUGGGAGCCACGGAUUCAGCUGUGCCCUGUGCGCUGCUACUGGAGCUGGCCCAGGCUCUUGAUCUGCUGCUGAGCAGGGCCAAGCAGCAGGCAGCCCCAGUGACGCUGCAGCUGCUGUUCUUGGACGGUGAAGAGGCGCUGAAGGAGUGGGGACCCAAGGAUUCCCUUUAUGGCUCCCGGCACCUAGCCCAGCUCAUGGCAUCCAUGCCCCACAGUCCUGGCCCCACCAGGAUUCAGGCCAUUGAGCUCUUUGUGCUGCUUGAUCUCCUGGGAGCCCCCAGUCCGACCUUCUACAGCCACUUUCCCCACACGAACCGCUGGUUCCAUCGGCUGCGGAGCAUCGAGAAGCGUCUGCACCGUUUGAACCUGCUGCAGGCUCACCCCCAGGAAGUGAUGUACUUCCAGCCCGGGGAGCCGCCGGGCUCUGUGGAAGAUGACCAUAUCCCCUUCCUCCGCAGAGGGGUCCCGGUGCUUCACCUCAUUGCCACGCCCUUCCCCUCUGUGUGGCACACACCUGGCGACACAGAGGCCAAUCUCCACCCGCCCACUGUGCACAACCUCAGCCGCAUCCUGGCCGUGUUCCUCGCUGAAUACCUGGGGCUGUAGCCCCAGGGACCUUACUGAGGGAGCAGCACCUGGAGGGUUCGUGCCCAGGGUGCCUGGUGCCAUCGGAGCAAGACUGGGCCCACUGCAGGAAUGCUGGCUUCUCCUGUUCCACACCCCAGGCUCCUAGAAAGGACCCACUUUCCUUUGACUAAGGCUGCCACCCUUCGGGGACAUGGACAGGACCACUCGGCAGUGAGAGCCAAAGGAGUAUGCUUGGCCCUUGCCUGAGGUAAACGCUUGGUCUGAAGGCCAGCAGGGACCAAAUGCUGUGCUUUCAAUCAGCAAACUUCGGACAGUGUCUGGACCAGCACCACUCAACUAACUGAAUCCUCUUCGGCUGAAGUGUUCACAUCAGUUCAUGCUCCCCUGGAUUCAGAAAGGGAACCAAGGAGGUGGAGGCCAAGGCUUUGGUGCUCCUGAUUUAUACCUGAGCCAAGGGGCAAUAAACCAGUGUUUUUAGGGGGUUAGAGAUCAAAGUACCAAGGUAAAAACAUCAUUCAGUGAGUCUUCUCACUGCAUAAUGGUAAUUUCACAUAAGACAGAACACAGUGCUUCCCAAAGUAUUUCACCAUGGUACCUCAGAAGACACUUUGGGAAACCCUGGAUUUGGAAAGUUUGAGAGGGUUUCGGGUGGAAUGGGUCAGACCUAGAUUGACUGCAAAGCAGUUACCCUAAACCACCCUUUCCUGUGGGUACAGCAAUGAGAUGGCGUUGUACCUGAGGCCAGGGAGGAAUUUCUGCCAACCCAAUCUCAUCUUCUGGCUCAGCUGGGGAGUUUAUUAAGAAAUGCAGACUAGGGCUGGGGAUUUAGCUCAGUGGUUCCGGCGCCUGCCUCGAAAGCGCAAGGUCCCGAGUUCGAUGCCCGGUACCAAACAACAAAAACAACAAAAAAACAGAAAUGCAGACUUGCAGGUCCCACCCCAGACUUACUGAACCAGGACUGCAGGGAGGGCUGGGGUUCUGUAACAAAUACCUGAGGACAUCUUUUGACUUUUUUGGAUAUAGGGUCCCACUGUGUAGCCCAGAAUGGCUUUGAACUCUCAAUCUUCCUGCCUCGGCCUCCUAAAUGCGGGGGCAUGCUGUCCUCAAGGACAUAGUGUGGUGCAUACUCAGCUAUUUAGCAAAUCUAGUGAAAAUAAAACCCUCAAUGAGGGAGAAGCUGUUCGGUGCAGCUGUGUAGAAGGCUUCCCUAGCAAGCCUGUGUGAGGCCCUGGGUUCUACCCACAGCUAAGAUGGAGGGUUAAAACCAGUGGAAGUGAGCUGGGUGUGGUGGCGCACACCUGUAACUCCUGCCCUCGGGAGACUGAGUUAGGGAGAUGGAUGGGAGUUUGAGGCCAGCCUGGGCUACAUAAUGAGUUCAAGGCCAGCCUGAGCUACGAAAAACCAAAAAUAUGCCACCUGCCUCACAAGCUCAAGGUCUCAAGUUCAAUCCCCGGUACCAAAAAAGAAAAAAAAAAACCCAAAAAUAAAGUGAAGGUGACCAUCGGUCUCCUGAGUCAACUGAAGGCUCCAAAAGAUACAAUAAACCUGAGGGCUGAAAGCCAGGUUAUCAAAUGAGAAAGGAUAAAGUCAGAGUCCUCGGUUCGAGUGUUUCCAUAGUGGCUGACAUUCAUGUGUCGGGCACCGAGAGCACUUGGAGCAAAUUCAUUUCAUUUCCCCCUAAACCCUGACUGAGCGGUACAGUUUCGGUUCUCGCUGUGCAGGUGAGGAGGCAGAAACAGAUUGUGAAGCAGCUGUCUGAAAAGCUCAGAGCCUCACCCACAGCUGCGCUCCCAGCCCCAACGUCGCCCCUCCCAUCUGGAAAUCACCAGUGCUGGAUGAAGACUUGGUCAACAAAAAAUAGCAUGUGGCUUUUAACUUAUUUUUUUCCCAGUACUGGGAUUGCACCCAAGGCCUUUGCACUGACCUACCUCCCAACUAAGCCUUUCUUACUUUUUAAAACCUUGAUACAGGUUAUGUCCCUAAGUUGGUGAGACUAGACUUGAAUGUGUAAUUUUCCUGCCUCAGACUUCCAGAGUGCUAGGAUUAACUGAUUUUUAAAUAGCUUUCUGCACAUAUUUGGCUUGAAUUUCAAGUAAGGCUUAUUAGAUCCAUAUUACAGAUGAGGCUGCUGAUGUCUGCCAAGGUGAUGUUUGCAGCUACCCUUCAUACUUGACAUAUGGGCUCCCACAGGUGUAUUUGUUAGCACAGCUGCUGAGCAGUCUAGGUGAAUGCUUCACACAUCAGUCUACCUUAACCCAAAAAUCUCAAGGGCGCCAAAUCUCAAACCUUUUUGAGCAGUGGAAAAUUCCAUACCUGAUGACCAUGGGGCUGAGAUGGGGCAGCUGCUCUGAGUUCAAGACCAGCCUGAACCACAUACCAAGACCCUGCCUCGAAAGCAAAAAACAAAAAGCAGGUGCACUAAAAAUACUGUAGAAAAUUACCUUCAGGCUUUGUGUAGAAGGUGAAUAUGAAAUGUAAAUAAAUUUUGUAGUUUUAACUUAGAUCCCAUUUCCAAGAUAUCAUCUUCAUGUGUACACAAAAAUAAAAUUGGAAAAAAAUCCUAAAUCUGAAA